AUGCCGUCAACAACAGGAGAGGAUUAUUCAUAUUAUGCUGACUUUGAUGCUGAGUACAAUGUACCAAAUGGUGAAGACAAUCAAGUAGGAAUGGAAAUUCUAAAGGGCAUGUUAAGUGAUGAUGGUGGAGAUGUUUUCUAUAAUCAGAAUGUAGAUGAAUCUGAUUAUAGUGCAGAUGAUUUUGAUGAUAGUGACUACAUUGUACAUGAGUCUAACUUGCAAUUUGAUGUGGAUAUAGACAUGAGCGAAUUCUAA